AUGACAGAGGCAUUUGUAGCGGACUUUGCGCGAUUCCUACGCAAGUAUCCUGAAGAAGUCACGUCUACACUACCAGACAGCUGGCAAGAAGUCUUUCGCAAUGUGGAAGAAUCUGUUGAAAACUCGGAUGUGGUUGACUUUAAGGACAUAACGGAUUUAGACGAGCUUGAGGAACGGUUAGCAUUAGAUUUGUCCCCAAUCAUCAACGGAGUCUGGAUGACGCCCACUAGUAAAGUCGCUAAAGAUGUAUGGUGGGAGCUUCCUGAAGGUGCUGAGCGCAUGGAGCCUUCUGCUGGAUUGUUACUAUGGCUCGACAAGGUCCACCGCGUAUGGAACUAUGGCUCUGAAUCCAUGCGCCGCACCAUAGUCGACCUCUUCCUCGCCGACGUCCUCGAUCGUCCCGAAUUUCACAAGGAAGGUGAACCAGCCCUCCGUGCAUUCGGUUCCCAACGCAUCGAAUGGCUCGACACACGCACCCACCGCGGUAUAGGUGGUGAAGUAGACUAUGCAAUCGGACCCGGCCGCUCCUUCAACGAAUAUAAAGCAUCACCAUCGGAAUUCGUCGUCACGGUCAAAAUCACUCGGGAUUGGCCAAUGUCUGGUAUGGCGCAGGCUAUUGCUAGUGCUGGUGCGCUGCACAAGCUGAGGAGGAAGAAGAGCACAAAGACACCGGCUACGGCGUUUGCUAUAUUGACUAAUGGGGAUUUUUGGCAGUUUUUUUGUGUGCAUGAGGAUAAGAGGGUUGUGUCGUCGAGGGUGCAUAUACGUGCUGGACCGGGUGUGAUUUGUACAUGGUUGUUACACAUUCUAAGAAACGUCAAGGCACUAUCACCUGGAGCCAAAAAGAAUCAUAUGUAUCCAUUGGAAUUCUAA